AUGUCAAACUCCUACGUCCGACCUCCUCAUUAUCAGAGACAUCAUCAGUCCAUGCUGUUGGAUCUUUGCAGCAUACAUCCAUUUUUUGAGACAGAUAAUUUCGACCGCGAGUACCAAAAGGAACUUGCUUCGGUCAUUUCUCAAUAUCCUUUGUCUGGUCUGGACUUUUGUUAUUAUUGGACUGAAAAGGUCCUGUGGGAUAGGUUCCAAUUGUCAAGUGCAUAUGGCGAGUUUCCCGGUAAAUAUGGUGGUCCUGAGUACAUUGUUCAACAACAAGUUGGAAAAUUGCCUCCCACUCCAGAAUCUGCUGAGCCAGCACCUGCGAUAACUGCACAUUUCUUUGAUAGUAUAUUGGAGUCUUUGGGAACCCCAAGCCGCUCUGCGAAACCUGUCCAACCAAUCAAAUUUCAGGCUCCAGGAAUGUCUAAAGCUGCCUACGAAACACCUGUCUCGAAACCCGUUCAACAACGAGUGGAUCUCAUGGCGAUGCCAUCUCAAAAACUAGCUCAAAAUCAUUUCGAGGGAUACCUCAAACCUCAAAAUCCACUAGCUUCGGCACCAGAACAAGCACACCGAGAUUGCCCCAAAGACUUUGUCUAUCCCAAAAGCCUAUAUACUCCAGUACAAGACUCUCGAGGCUUUGCCAAUAUUCCACUCAAUUCCGAAGACCUAGGCACCUCGCUGGCUCCCAAAGAAUUCUCGGUAUCAACAGCCGGACCAGAGCCACCGACUUCGGCUUCAAUCUUUUCAUCGCUCUUAGCUGCUCGACUUGCUUCACCUGGUCUCUCAAACCCAAUUACAACAUCCAACGCCGUACCCGCCGCACCAUCCUCGUCAUUGGCUCCUCUUCCUCCUCUCCUACUUCCCGAUUCGGUUUUCAAAGAUCCUAAUACUGGUGAACUAAUCACAAUAAAGAUGUUUGAGCGUCGAUGUCUUGGUCGUGGUGCUGAAAUGGCCAUCAGACAGGCAGAAGCUGCCGUUAAGUCGACACCAAAUCGUAUGACCAAGCCUCUAGCCCGAGCGUUGUUGGAGGACUCACUCACUACUACGAAAGAUGUGCACCUUGUUAAGGAUCGUGAAGGGGAAUUAAGAAAAUUCGAGCUCUACCAGAGAAGGUUGACAGAAAAUGCAGAGAAGUCAUCAGUCAGGUGGAGAAACAUAAUCGCAAGACAAGCAGAGAGGGAAAUCGAUCAAUUUUCAGAGAAAUAUACCAGCAGCCACAAAUCCAAAGAUCUGGAAAUUCCUACCACAUUGGAGCAGAUCAGGAACUUCGGUCUCGAAUCCAAGACAACUCAGAGGGCGAAGAGAGGUCUAGUCUCCCAGCCUAUUCAAACGAGUUACCUAGCGGCGGUGUACUACUUACUACAAGCUCCAAGAGUCCAAACCUACGAUGAAAUGAUUGCAGAAGAACAUGCAGAGAUGAUGAGACGGGUAAAUGCAUGGCGUCAGGAAGAGGAAGAAGCCAAAUCUCGAGACGUUCCAGAAUAUAUCAAACAUCAGCAUUCAUUUCAACCAAAAGCACAACGACUUGACGUACAAUGA